AUGCAUCAUCUUUUUGCUGAGCUGGAGCCAUCUUUAACCGUCACGGAGCAAAACCUGGCAGACCGAGUUCGGUAUAUCUUGCGCUCAAAUAUAUUUGAUGUCGCCGAACUCGAACGGCUACGACGUGAGGCUGUUCCCUCGUCGGAUGAGAAUGCUACGGCUGAGGAUGCGGCGCCACAAAUGGUAGAGCAACCCGCAAACGUGGAUGCCGCCGUGAAUACCCCAGUUGUGGUUGAUUCAAACGAUGAUGGAACAGUCGCCCAGGAACUGGAAUUAGAGCAUAUGAGGAGUACAUUGGAAGAGGCGAUUGUGGAAACGCGCAGUACGCCUCUCGAAAAUCGACCGCGACUUACCCGCAUAGCCCUAAGCAAGCGGAAUCGGGCUGUCGUGAGGGCUCUGAACCCAAUGCUGGUGACCUAUUUGGAAGCCAGCCGGGACCUUUGCGAGACGGACUCAAUUCUUUUUGGCGCCGCGCUGGCAGUCUGCCGUAUCAUAGGCGCCAAGGUUUCCACGGCUGGACGCGCUACUGGCCAUAGUAGCGCUAUCCCAGCAUGGAGAAGAAGAAUUGAGGAACGUAUCGCAAAGGCUAGAGCUCUCAUCGGCAGACUGAUAUGCUUCAGAUCAGGCAACAACAGGCCAAGAAUUGUGCGCACCGUCAGGAUGGCGUUUGCGGGGACAAAUGUCAGUUUGUCCCAGCCGGAUAUAACGCAAAAACUGACGGAGCGCAUAGAUGAUCUGAAGCAGAGAAUCGGUGCUUGGGGAAAGCGGAUUCGGUGA